GUUUUCAAAAAUAUUGCUCACACCUGCAUCUUCUGCUUUCCUUAUUCUAUUCUAUUCAAUAUUCUCUCUGUCCCUCUCCAACCCUUCAUUAUAGUUAACCAAUUCAAGCCAAAACCAUUUUCACCUUUCCUAUUAUGGAAAUUCAACAUCAACCCAUCAAGUCUAGGUUCAGGCGUAUCUGUGUGUUCUGUGGCACCAGCCCUGGUAAGAACCCCAGCUACCAACUAGCUGCUAUUCAACUCGGCAAACAACUAGUGGAGAGGAACAUCGACUUGGUUUAUGGAGGAGGAAGCAUUGGGUUGAUGGGUCUAAUCUCACAAGUUGUUUUCGAUGGGGGACGCCACGUGUUAGGGGUCAUUCCCAAGACUCUUAUGCCAAGAGAGAUCACGGGAGAGACUGUGGGGGAAGUGAGAGCAGUAUCGGGCAUGCACCAACGCAAGGCUGAAAUGGCACGACAAGCCGAUGCAUUUAUUGCUUUGCCAGGUGGAUAUGGCACCCUGGAAGAACUCCUCGAAGUGAUCACCUGGGCUCAAUUAGGAAUCCAUGAUAAACCCGUGGGGUUGUUGAACGUGGAUGGGUACUACAACUCGUUGCUGUCAUUCAUGGACAAUGCUGUAGACGAAGGUUUCAUAACACCAGCUGCCCGUCACAUUAUUGUGUCUGCCCACGCUGCCCAAGACCUCAUGUGCAAGCUUGAGGAGUACGUCCCCAAGCACUGUGGCGUGGCACCAAAGCAAAGUUGGGAGAUGGACCAACAGUUAGUAAACAGUUAACACUGCAAAUUAAAAUCAGACAUAUUUUGUGUUCCCCAGCAAAA